GUCACCGCACCUUAGCCGGGUGGAGCUUGCGAACGAGGGGAACGUCCGCGGGUUGCCGCUGCCUGGAGUGGAAAUUGUUUGACAGGAGAAGGAGGGGAAGACCUGCGCUCUCAGGGACCGACGCGACAACUUAGUUGCUUUUAACGCCGCGUCGUCGGAAAGCUUUCGAGUCGGCAGCAGAGGCCAAACACCGGGAGCGACAAAUGAUUUGUCGGAGUCGAAGCAGCAACAGGGCACGGAGCGAAAUGUCAGCGAGCGUCUCAGCCCCGAGCCACGGAGAGCGCGACUAGUAAACGCCGCAACGCGGAAAAAACGUUCAGCGCGGCGGGGGAGAAUGCGAAUGGUGCGAAGAUACCGAAGCCAAACAAAAUGGAAACCAUGUAGCAUCGCUCCAGCGGUCCACAUAGCUAGAACUAACGUUAGAGUAGAGAGUAGAUAGCCAAAGGAGGAGCUAGCGCGCCAACUAACACACACAUACAUGUAAAGUUAUCCCCCGGAGGAGCCCAAGCGGAGCCCAGGCAGGAGGCGUCUGUUGAAUCAGAGGAGUUUAUCAGUGCGGAGAGAAAAAAAGAAAGAGGACAGAGCAGAGGAUGCUUCGGAGGACACUGAACCGUUGGUUUGGUGGUGAUGAGGGAAGAGUUGACAACAGGACGAUCUACGUUGGCCAUAAGUCCUGUCCCCCCAAUGAGGCUUUUAUCCCUCCCAAGUUUUGCGAUAACAGGAUCGUCUCCUCUAAGUAUACAGUCUGGAACUUUCUACCAAAGAAUCUGUUUGAACAGUUUCGAAGAAUUGCCAAUUUUUACUUCCUUAUCAUCUUCCUGGUGCAGGUGAUAGUGGACACCCCCACCAGCCCCGUCACCAGUGGCCUACCUUUAUUUUUUGUCAUUACAGUAACUGCUAUCAAACAGGGAUAUGAGGACUGGCUACGGCACAAGGCUGACCGUGAGGUGAACGAGUACCUGGUGACAGUACUAGAGGAUGGCCAGAGGAUACGAAAGCAGAGUGCGAAGAUCAAGGUUGGAGACAUUUUGGAAGUAGAAGAAGAUGAGACCUUUCCCUGUGAUUUAAUACUCCUGAAGUCCAGCCGAGAAGAUGGCACAUGUUUUGUUACCACAGCAAGCCUGGAUGGAGAGUCCAACCAUAAAACACACUACACAGCGUCAGACAUAGAGAGCGAGCUGCAUUGUAUCAGUGCCACCAUUGAGUGUGAACAGCCUCAACCGGACCUUUACAAAUUUGCUGGCCGUAUGCACAUUUACAUAGACAGCGAGGAGCCUGAUGUGAGAUCUUUAGGGCCAGAAAACCUGCUGCUGAAAGGAGCGAAUUUGAAGAACACUCAGAAGAUAUGUGGUGUUGCAGUUUACACUGGAAUGGAAACAAAAAUGGCCCUUAACUAUCAGGGCAAGUCUCAAAAACGGUCCGCUGUCGAGAAGUCUAUCAAUGCCUUCCUCUUGGUUUACCUUUUCAUCCUGGUGAGCAAGGCGUUUGUGUGCACCACACUUAAGUACGUGUGGCAGACCAAGCACGAUGAGCCGUGGUACAACGAGAAAACAGUGAAGGAGAAGGACACUAAUCAGUACCUAAAAAUGUUCACAGACUUCUUAUCCUUCAUGGUGCUCUUCAACUUCAUCAUUCCGGUCUCCAUGUACGUCACGGUUGAGAUGCAAAAGUUCUUGGGGUCCUUUUUCAUCACAUGGGACAAAGAUUUCUACGAUGCUGAAAUCAACGAGGGGGCGCUGGUCAACACAUCAGACCUCAACGAGGAGUUGGGACAGGUGGAGUACGUCUUUACAGACAAGACCGGAACGCUGACUCAGAAUAACAUGGAGUUCAUAGAGUGUUGCAUCGAUGGCUUCCAGUACAAGCAUCGGGAAGGGGCCUCAGAGUUGGACGGGUUUUGCGUCACAGAUGGACCUGUAAACAAAAUACAGCAGAAAGCUGGCAGGGAGAAGGAGGAGCUGUUUCUUCGGGCCCUCUGCCUGUGCCACACUGUCAAAGUGAAGGAAUCUACAAAUCACAACCUAGACCAGGUAGAUGGUUUAGGGGUCCAUGAGGAGGUGCUAGACUCACCACAGAAGGAGAAGGGCUUCAUAGCUUCCUCGCCUGAUGAGAUUGCUCUGGUUAAGGGAGCCAUGAGGUAUGGCUUCACGUUUCUGGGCCUUGAAAGUAAAGAGAUGAAAAUUCUUAACCGGAAUAAAGAUGUUGAAACGUAUGAGCUACUUCACGUGUUAAACUUCGACCCUGUGAGAAGGCGAAUGAGUGUAAUGGUCAGACCCAAAACAGGUGAGAUAUUGCUCUUCUGUAAGGGAGCAGAUUCUUCCAUCUUCCCUCGAGUCAAGCAGAACGAGGUGGAGAGUAUACGCACGCAUGUGGAACGAAACGCAAUAGAUGGUUAUCGCACGUUGUGUGUGGCUUACAAGCUCCUCAGUGCAGAAGAGUAUGCAAAGGUGGAUGCAGACUUGAGAGAAGCUAGACUGGCUCUGCAGGACAGAGAUGAGAAGCUUAUGGCUGUUUACAACCAAGUCGAGACUGAAAUGACUCUAAUAGGAGCUACUGCUGUGGAAGAUCAGCUUCAGGAAGAGGCAGCACAGACCAUGGAAGCUCUGCAGGGAGCAGGCAUGAAGGUUUGGGUUCUAACGGGGGACAAGAUGGAGACGGCGAAGUCCACUUGCUAUGCUUGUGGAUUGUUUACGAAACACACAGAGCUGCUGGAGCUAACGUUGCGCACUCUCGAGGAUGGAGGAAGGCGGCGGGAGGAAAGGUUGCAUGAUCUGAUGUCUGAAUACCAUAAGAAAGCUGUUCAAGAUGCCCCACCAGUAAAAUCAGGAAUUACCAGGAGUUGGUCUGUAGCAGGCAAUGAUUAUGGCUUCAUCAUCGAUGGAGCUUCCUUGUCGAUGGUGCUCAGCACAUCCUCUGAAUCCAACUCGAACUGCUACAAGAAGCUGUUUCUGGAGAUUUGCAAGAACUGCACGGCUGUGCUCUGCUGCCGCAUGGCCCCUCUGCAGAAGGCUCAGAUUGUUAGACUGGUGAAGAACUCUGAAGGCAGCCCGAUUACUCUUUCCAUCGGUGAUGGAGCAAAUGAUGUUAGCAUGAUUUUGGAAGCUCAUGUUGGCAUUGGUAUUAAGGGUAAAGAAGGACGGCAGGCAGCAAAAAACAGUGAUUAUGCGAUUAUUAAGCUGAAGCACCUCAAGAAACUUUUGUUGGCCCAUGGACAUCUUUACUAUGUUCGCAUUGCACACUUAGUGCAGUACUUCUUUUACAAGAAUCUUUGCUUCAUCUUACCUCAGUUUUUGUACCAGUUCUUCUGUGGCUUUUCCCAGCAACCCCUGUAUGAUGCCGCCUAUCUGACGAUGUACAACAUCUGCUUCACCUCUAUGCCCAUCCUGGCUUACAGCCUUUUGGAGCAACACAUUUGCAUCGAGGUUCUCUUGGAGAACUCCACCCUCUACAGGGAGAUUGCAAAGAACGCAAUGUUACGGUGGAAACUGUUCCUUUACUGGACUGCGCUUGGAAUCUUCCACGGCUUAGUCUUCUUCUUUGGUGUUCGGUUUUUAUUCAGUAACCCAGCUCUGCAGGACAACGGCCAGGUUUUUGGGAACUGGUCAUAUGGAACUAUCGUGUUCACCGUGCUUGUCUUCACUGUAACGCUAAAGCUUUCUCUUGACACACGGCACUGGACAUGGAUCAACCACUUUGUAAUUUGGGGUUCCCUGGCUUUUUAUGUGUUUUUCAGCUUCUUCUGGGGAGGAAUAAUAUGGCCUUUCCUGAAGCACCAGCGUUUGUACUUUGUGUUCGCCAACAUGCUGAGCUCAGUGUCGGCAUGGCUGGUCAUCAUCUUGCUCAUACUCCUCAGUCUACUGCCAGAGAUCCUGCUUGUGGUGCUCCGCAAACCCCGUGGACCCCACGCACGAAAGAAAAAGCGGGUUGAGUCGAGCGUGGGGGGCCCCCAGUCUCCCCAGUCUUCAGCCAGGCCCCUCCUCAUGAGAACCUUUUCAGAUGAAUCCAAUACUGUCAUUUAAACAGCUGGCAGAGGGUGACCUCCUACAAUCUUCCAGAUCUCUGCUGUCACACCACUUUCCUACAAACACCUGAUGGAGCGCCAGUGAAAGGCCGCCUGGACACGGCGCUGAAACCCUCCUCAUUUUGAUUUUCUUCUACUGCUGAAUCGACUUUGAAGGGUGUGGAGAUGAGAAGAAAAAAUAUUAAAAGAGGAGACAAGAGAUCAAGAUUGAGAGGAUGAAAAAGAUCCUAGAAAUCUAAAGACUUGGGGGAGAAGUAAAAAUUGUUUUUGAAGUCUUUUCUUUUCUGUUUUUUUUUUUUUUUUUUUUUUUUUUUUGUGCCCAGUCACCUGCCCAGCGCAUGCCUGCGGAGCAGUGCUCUACUAUAUUUUCUAAAAAUAACUCAGAUGGUGGGCAUGAGUCUUCUUCCUUUUACUAUUUUGAUAUUUGCUUACAAAUGAACGCUGCCUUGCCAGUAGCUAAGUACAACUACUUUGUUUCAUCAAGCAGUUGUUAUAUCCACUCCAAGAAUGGUACAUCUGCAUGAAUGCUAAAAAAAAAAAAAAAAAAAAACAUGUCUCUGAUAUUUAGUCACUGUUUUGCAAAUCAUUUUAUUUGAACUUAAUCGCUACACUUGUACUUUGCAAUAUUUUUCCCUUUUCUUUAGUUGUUUUUGUAAAUCUUAAGAGAUAUUCACAUCUACAAAUCCAAAUCAUUCCAGGUGAAACGUUACUAAGUGUGAUAUCAGUGCAGCUGAGCGCAGCACACAGACUGUUAGAGUAGUAUAAGAUUAUUAUUUUUUGUUGUCGUGGAUAAAUCUGAUGUGCGUUUUGAAUGCUAAGUUAUAAGAGAGGUCAAUUGUUGUCGCCCAGUCCAAAAAGUGUGUGUGGGUAAGAUUGAGCGUUAGACUAAAGACAUAAAGCACGCCCCAGCAAUGAAACAAUACUUGAAGCGUGAGCUAAAAUCUUCCAGUCUCAAAGAUUAUUUAAUAGUUCAUUAUGAGAUAAGAAAAUUAAUAUAUGUGCUGGACUGUGCAUAGCUUAGAGAUGUACGUUAACAUUGAUUCAAAGCCAAAAGGAUCAGUUUGCAUCCACACAGGUGUGGCCUUACGGUGACGGGCCUGUGUGCAUGCGUGUGUGGCUGUGUUGUAUGGACGUGCAUAAAUGUGUUGGGUGAGAAUAGCCUCAAACGCCUGCGUGUAUGGCGCACAGGUUUACUUGAACGUCUUCGAUUCGGGUCAUUUUGACAUUUUCUGCACUAUUAAGGAGCUGGGUUUCUUUAUUAUGUGUCUGGUCACAUUAAUUGUACAUGAACGUACAUGCAUACAGUAUGAGAUAAGAGAUUUCACAAAAAAUAAUCAACGCACACUUACCCAAAAAUCUACAAAUAUACAAACUCUAAAUAAGAAAUUUAGAAUUAUUAGUGUCUAUAUUUUGUCUCCUCGGAUGAGUUUAGGUUUAAAAGUGGCUCUGUGUUUGAGCUGCAGAAUCAGCAUAGUUCAAAGUCACUGUGAGAUAUCGAUAGCGUGAACUUUUCACAUUUCCUUCUUUAACUUUUUCUCUGCAGUUCUUUAUACAUUCCAUCCAAACAUUACAUGAUUUUGGACACUUUGAUACUCUUUUUGUAAGAUCUUUUAUUUUAUCCCAAAAUCAUUAAAACCACCUAUCAUAUUUAUUAUUAUUAUUAUUAUUAUUAAGUGUAAAUUUACUCACGAAUGUUAUAUUUUUAUUAAAUGUAUCUUUUUAUUAUUCAGAGAAUGUUAAGCUUUUUGCCAGUGGAGGGGAUGUGUUUGUUUGUUUUUUUCCCAGCUGUAAGUCGAGACAGUAUCAGUCCCUUUCAGCCGUCUGUUGCGUCUGGAAAGACCAGGCAGCCCCUUCCCAACACUCUCCCAGAUUCCCCCAAAUCCAUCUGAUGGACGCUGUUCAUCUCCUUUCUUACCGUCCUGGCCAUGCGUUUGCAUACACUCAUUAUGGGCAUGAAUGUGAUCUUUAUUUUGGGGCUUUUUUUUAGAAUUGAUGCGUUUCACUACUUUGUCCAGUGAACUGAUGCCAAUGAUGAUGUCAUUUUUGAAAAACAAAAAUUGUAUGCACAAGUCAGAAGAUUGUGUACAUUUUCAGGUUGUGCAUCCAAUUUUGUAUGCAGACACCCUACUUGCAUUGAUAUUAUAUAAGCCUGUUAGCAUUAUUUUGGUGGCUGGAUAUUUAAACACUUGGAGUUCAUUAAAUUAAAAUUAAUUGGUUCUGCUUUAACACUAGUCUUUAGGUCUUCAAUGGAUGCCAUGCGAGUGCUUCUAGAGGCUCAUUCAGGAUGUCUAGAAGCCCUCCAAAACUAGUUUGGACAUGUGUUGGGGGUCGUUGUCCUGUUGGAGUUCCUAGGCGAGCUGGGAACUGGGAUGCCAGGGCCACUGUUUAUAGUAAGGCGAGUUUUAAAAUGUAAAUUUAGGUGUCACAGCAGCAAAAAAGGGACAUUGAAAGAUGGAGAGGAAUGACAGCAGAGAUAUGUUAAGAAGAGAACAUUUUAAAAUACAGUUAAAUUACCAUUGAAAAUGAGGGUGUCAACCAAGAGGUCACAAUUCUGUCAGAAAUACAGCUGUCUGGACACAAGGGCCAAAAGUACAUUUGGAGGAGUCAAGUUUAAGAUUUUACACCUUAGAACCAGCCAUCAAGCAUGGCGGUGGAAGUGUCAUGCUGCGGGUCUGUUUCACUGCCAGCAUUACCCGUGGACAGUGAUCCCAAACACAUCCAAACUGGUUUUGGAAUUUCUUCUUUUUCUGGAUUGGCCCUUGACCUUAAUCGUAUUGACAAUGAAUGACCUGCGUUGUCUGUGCCAGGAAGUCAAAUUUAAAUGAGCUCUUAACAGUUCUGGUGAGGAAAAUGUUCACAUGUCCAACUUAAACUCACACCAACGGGUUGUAAUAACUGAGGAGUGAGUAGUUUCUCUGCAUCUUGGUUCUAAACACAUGUAACUGAAUAUUAGUGGGGUUGUAGCUAUAAUUACAAAAACAAAUCCAAAAUAAAUAUAAGGUUUAUGCACUUUAUAAAAGGUUGAAAUUCACCUUUAAAAGCCUCAAGCUGUUGGCAUUCUUACAUAUAGUGAGUGCAUUUAAACUUCUGACCAGAGCCGUAACACUUACGUUAAACUGAUAACUGCUUGUCUCCAAGCUCCUGUAACUGUCUUGCGGUGUAUUAUUAUUAUUUUUUUUUCUUAUUUAAAUUCACAGAUUGUUACUAUAAUAAAAGCAUUCGAAUGGAAAGACUGAUGCUGACAUCAGUGUAUGUUCUGAAUUUGGAGUCAUUUUCGUUGUCUACUCACCUUCAGACGACUUAACUGGGCGCACCAAGUAAAAGGUCAAAGUCGAUGGGGUUGCCUGCUUUAACAAAUGAGAAACCUUUAAAUGACUCCAGAAAUGCUAUUUUAAGAGCUUAAACACGAAUCUAAUAUUUUGCUUGUCUAAA